ACGGCCACCGCGGCAGAGCCGGUGCAGCCAAAUAUGGAAACCGUGGCCAUUUUGAAGCGGUCCAUGGCCAGCAGCAGUAGACUCAUCGGCACAUUCACGGCGUUGAAAACCACGUACAUAAAGCUCUGCAAGGAGUUCAAUUUCCUCUUGGGCAAGUUCAAUGAGAACGAGCGCAUCAAAAUCGAGCUCAUCCACGAAAACAACGAGCUCCGGAAGCUCCUUUACGAGACAAUCAAGGAGAAGGAGCUUGACCGGAAACAGUACAAGGCCGAGCUUGUUGCC